GCUCUGCAUUUAUGCGCUAAAGAGACGACUUCCAUAUUUGAUUGAAAUCUGAAUUUGCUAUUACUAUUUCUGAUUCUGAUAUUUGAAUUACUACUUUGCCGCGUUUUUUAUUCGUAAUUUGUGUUGAAUAUUUUCAAUAAAUUAUUAUAUUUUUCGUGAAUUAAUAUUAUUCGAUAUCCAUCGAUAUGUGAAAUAGUUACAAACAUCCAUUUCUAAUAAUAUAUAGAAUCGCGGGUGUUUAUUUUCGUUUAAAUAUCCGGUAUGCAGAGUGUGCGGUAAUUUCCUUUUCGUGUAUAACGGAAGGAAAAUUCGCGAAUAUGGCAUUACGUUACGAAAAAGUUGUCUUAUGUCGUGGUUUAUCAGAAAAAAAUGAUUCGCAAGAAGCAUACAUAAAAACCUUGAAAACGGCAGGUUAUUUGUGCGAUUGUUUACCUACUUUGCGCUUUGAAUUCGUAAAUAUUUCGGAAUUGAGGACAUGUUUUUUAUCAUCAUCUUCAUACUAUGGACUUGUCCUGACAAGUCGUCGUGCUGCAGAGGCAAUUGAACUUUCUGCAAAAGAAGAUCCUGACAUUCUACUUCCCUGGAAAACUUUGCCAGUAUAUUGUGUAGGACCAGCAACAGAAUCUUUUGCUAAAAGUCACUUAGGUUCAGAAAAUUGCUUUGGUAAAGAGGCUGGUAAUGCCAAAGAAUUAGCAGAAUUGUUAGUGGCCUCGAUUGCAAAAAAGUCAAAACCUUUACUUUAUCCUUGUAGUGAAAUUGGACGUGAGACAAUAGAAAAGGCUCUUAAUGAAAAUGACAUUAAAAUUCAUAAAAUAGUUGUUUAUAAAACUUUGGCUAGUAAAACUUUAGAACAUGAUUUAUUAAAAUUCAUGGACAAUGUGCCCAAGAUCUUUAUAUUUUUUAGUCCAUCUACAGUAGAAUAUAUAGUAACAUUAUUGAAAAAAAAAUCUUAUGAUCUAAACAAUAUAAAAGCAGUUGCUAUUGGACCUGUGACUAGACAAGCAUUACUUGAUGCUGGUCUUAAAGUUUUUGCCACUGCAAAUAAACCUGAUCCUGUAUCUUUAUUGGAUGCUAUUAAUGAUGCUGAUGAAAGUGAAGUUAAUGAAAAGACUGAAUGAAGAAAUUAUUUACUGUUGUACUAUAAAUUGGCUCGAAAUGAACUAUUUUUAAUGUUAGGAGGGAUAAUGUACCGUGCUCGUCCAGCAAUUCUGAUGAGGUAUUCCAGUGAAAUUUACCAGGAUUCUGCACGCCUGGUUAACGGACCAUCGUGGCCAGUGAUACUAUCCUUUCGCUUGUCUCGUUGAAUACGAACGUGAUCCUUUGCUCUGCCUCUUCGAUCGGGAUCGAAUGCUCGAACAGGAUAAUCCGAGGACUCUAUCGCUGGAGGCGGCGAUUCCAGAGCUACCUGCUUGAUCAAUCUCCUUGGACUCGUCGAUCUGCUCGAUUGUAUCUCGUUCGAUGUUGGAACUAGAGACGCUGACUGAGAAAUCGAACUCUGUUAUUUUGUUCUUAAGACGAUAAGGAAAGAUCUACAAAUUACCAUGUUCUCAGAUGUUGUGCUAUCUUGUUUUAUCGGUGCUUGUCCAUCAGUUUUUCCGCUAUUUCCGUUAUUGUAUUUGUUGGAAUCUGACAGAUUUAAGAAGAUAUCGUUGUUAAAGAAAAAAUUUUUGUUAGUUUUUUUUAUCGGAUGAGAAUAAUAUUACCUUCAAUCUCUCGGACACCAAGUACCUGACGAACAUGCUCGACGAGACCGGUGAAGUCUCUGUGAGGACCAACUGGUAACAAUCGUUCAGGCAAUGGAAACUCCAGCUGCGAAAUACUUCGAGGACUCGUUAUAUCGCUAGAUAUGCACGUUUCACUAUCUUGAUCGAACGAAGAACCUGGAAAUUAAUAUAAUUAAUACAAAGAUUUUAUUAAUUUUGAUUAAGAAUACUCACUGACUGUCAACACGUCCAUCUUGGACAAUGGUGAUUCAGGCGAUCCGUAAGUGUCUUCGCAACGCAGAAUUCUCUGAGCUGGUCUUGGACCUACAGAAUUAUCGAUAAAUUGAUAAAAAGUAUCUAUUGUUUUUUCAAAAUACAAAUAUUUACCAGUCGGACGAAUAGUGGUGCCAAUUGGCAAAAGUCUCUCAACAGUCGGUGCAGUUAGAGGAUGAGGAGGCUCGUUCCAGCUCGGAUGUUGUCCAUUAUCCGUGCUCGUGAUCUGAGACGAAAUCGAGCUCACCGCUGGAGAACUCGAUUGGUCGCUGCUCGUCACCGUAACCACUUGACCUGGUGACACAGGCGAGGCUAUGGUCACUGUCUGCUCUAUGCGCUUCUGACGACCCAAUUGCUUAGAAUUCGGUGAAUCUGAAUUACUGGAGCCUGUUGGAGGCAUCUUUUCUUUCGAAAAAUCAUAUCUGUAAUUAUAUUUAUCUGUGUUAAAAAUUAUUACAUCAUACGUGUGAUAUAAUGAAGAAUUCUGAUUACUUUUGAACUUGGGCAGGUAAAGUAGUCGCAAGGGCAGUGGAUAAUCCAAAAGGUUUCGAGGAGGCAAUGUCUCCAUUAAAAGCUAUUUGUACAGUGACGUUCCUUUCUUGAGCAGCUUUCUCUGUCGCUGGUUUCUCUGGGAUCGCUUUAUCCAGAAUCCCUUUCUCCGCCCUUUCCGUCACUUUCUCGAUUCUUGAAGUGUAUCUUUGUAGAUCUGCUUGACCAGUUAACAAAGUACUCGUCACCAUCAUCUUUACUCCUUCGUGCACACUCCACUUCUUUUGAGGUCCAAUCUUCGUACUCUGUCCCAAGAAAAUAAUAAAAAAUUAAUUUUGUAAAUCAUAAGAUAUUUUACGAUACAAUAUCGUUCGUACAACGUUGUGAACGAGAUAUUUCGCGAUGGAUUGCUCGUGGAACUAAGAAUAUAAGAAUAAAUAUAAGAGUGAAACUCUCGAGAAUUAUUAUCAAAAGUUAUUUUUGUUAAUAGAUUGUUACUUUGGACGCAGUAUUUUCUAGAAAAAAAUAACUCUUGAUAGCGGGAACUUUUCGAGAGCUUUACUGUUAAAAUGCAAAUAUAUUCGAGAGUUGUUUUUAAAAGAUUGCAAGAGGAAAAUAUGUUAAAAAUGAUUAUCCAAAAAUACUCUUCUUUCUCAACACAAUAUUUAUUACAAAAAAUAAAAGAGUUUCAUUCUCAAAUUCAUUUUAAAACUUCAUUAUAAAACUUAAAUAAAAAAACUAAACAAAACUCUUAUCUAUAGUUACAUUCAAUUAUUUAAUUUAGAAAUAAAUUAAACUUCUUUCUUUUUUCCAAUCAAUUUUUCAAUUACCUGAUGAGAUUCUUCCUCGCUUCCAAGAAACCAAGUAGGUCUGCUGAUUCCUUCCGACUUCUUGAUAACAUUCUGAUUGUUCCAAUCCGUUUUCGUCAAAAUAUCGGUCGUGAUUCUAGACCCGUGUAGCGAAAUGCUUCUCGUGACAGCGAUCGGUGUUUCCUCCAGCUCGCCGAGCGAUCCACCACUGCUGCCAUGCAAGGUGCUGUCAGAUUUUGGGCUCUCGGGUAUUGCAGCCAGCUCGGACUCCGUAUCAUCCGCAUUGAUCGAGUAGCUUUGCAGAGCAUUCACAAUAGCGGAAAUUGUAACAAGCAGCUACUGGUGUAAGCACAGGCACAGGUGUGUCAUGAUGUAACUCUCUCACUGGGUCCUGGAUUGUAUAUUCUCAAGGCAUUCUAGGUAAAUACUAGAUCCUAGAAUUUACUACUUUCGCUAUCUGGUUAAAGAAAAAAAGUUUUCGCGAUUCUGGUAAGUUUGAUUUUGCAAUUUUAUGAUUGCUAUUUCGUUUCAUGCCUAAGAAAACGAGGAAAUAGUAAAAGUAUCGAUAUAAAAGUAUAUAUAUAUGUCUUCGUUCCUCUAAGCCUUGAGUUAUGGUUGUGAAAAUUUGAGAUGGUAAGUCUACUAGUGAAAUAAAGUUUCUAGUAACUUUAAAGAACGUAAUUAUUCCAAAGAUAUGAAAAAGAUAUGAAGAUAGAAGGGUCAAUAUAGAGUGCAAAACGCGUCAAUGUGAAACAUUCCAAGCUGAAAUAGCCUAAUGCUCUACCUUCCCAGGAAAUCUAUGUUAUCGACUAGGAUGCAGUGUUUCUAGGAACAAUGUAUAGAUCAAAUAACCUGGAAUGUUUGUUCAUGUAACGACAAGUAGGUGUGCUUUCUUCCCAAUGAGUUUCCAUCUGACUAUGCGUUGGUCCUGGACUUCUUUGGUGCACCGAUACUAUAGGAGUUCUCAUUGGAGGACUCUCGGCGUUCAUAUCUCCCAUUGUCAUCAGCUCGUGAUCCACACCUAGAGACGGUUGCGAUACGUCUGAAAUUUAAUUGUUGUAACGUGAUAUCUAUCUUAACAUUUUUAUAUUUUAAAAUAAUAUAUUAAAAGUUAACACCAAUGUACCACGUGAUCUGGAUGGAGCGCUCAUUACCACGGUAGCUGGAAUUCUUUUGCAUUGAUGGUGCUGCGUAUCUAAAGUGUUCAGUACGAUUUUGAUCAACACUUGCAAUUGAUUACACCAUGGUUGCUGACCGUAUUGACACUAUAACGCAUAUAAAAAAAGUUAAUUAAUUUUCUUGAAUUAAGAAAAAAGGAUGAAAAAAUAUUUGAAAGGUAUCUACUUCACCUUAUACAGUAUAACGAGGAGAGACAUUAACCAAGAGCGUCUAUUAUGCGGUUCGAGAUACCAUAAGCUAUACGUGGGUGUUUGAUGAUCGGAUGGAGGCACACCUUGCGGAGGACAAGGACAAUGUUGAAGUAUGGCUAGAACUGGAGGCGUCAUCAUCCAUCCCAUUACAUGAUUCUGGUCCAGAAGUUGAGGAAGAUUGGCGAUAAAGACGUUGAAUACAGGUGAAACUCUAAAGAGAAUUAUUUUGAUUUUAGAUUGUCCAUUCUGUUAAUAAUUGAUGAUUUAUUAUUAAUAUUUAAUACCUUAAUCGUUGCGGAGAAGUAUGAAAAAUGCGUUCAGUUUGGUUGUAGCCUAGUAGAAGAUACAAAUGACGUAGAACGAUUCCUUGCGUUUUUGAUAGAGGUUUCUCAUCCGUUGGAUAAGCCUGGAUAAUAUUGUUUUUUUAUGAAGAAAGAGUGAAUAAAAAUUAGAAUUAAAAAAUAAUUUAUUUACCUGAUCCUGUCUGGAGAGAAAUUGCAUCAAAAGAAAAACCAAUAAGUGCAUGGUCUCUUUGUCAGCUUCCUCCAAGUCUACAAUUUUGUGAGUGUAUCCUGGUAACGCGCUAGUUUCAUCCACCAUGUUUAACGAAUGAACAUGACCAUCUGUAACGUUGAGUUGAUAAUAAAUAUUGUUUUUAAGUUAA